GCCUAUCAAGAGUCAUACGGAGCCUGAGUAUAAAAUGAUGAAAAGCCCACAUUCGUCUGACGAUUUGUUUCUGCCGUUGCAUCUGCUCUCUGGUUGGACUUGUUUUCACAUUUAGAAAGCUGUCACCAUGUUCCGUAGAUGGCAUGCUCAUAAUCAAGGGGACAAUGGUCCUGAUCAGCAAGCAGCAAAGGUUAAUGAGCUCAAAGCUGCAAUUGGACCACUAUCUGGACGCAGUCUAUUGUUCUGCACUGAUGCUUGCUUGAGAAGAUAUUUGGAAGCUCGGAAUUGGAAUGUUGAUAAAUCAAAGAAAAUGUUAGAAGAGACACUGGAAUGGAGAUCAACAUUUAAGCCUGAGGAAAUCCGUUGGCACCAAAUAGCAAAUGAAGGUGAAACUGGGAAAGUGUAUAGAGCAAACUUUCAUGAUCUACACGGGAGAAGUGUUCUUAUACUGAGGCCAGGAAAGCAGAACACAUCAUCACAUGACAAUCAGCUCCGACAUCUGGUGUAUCUCAUAGAGAAUGGACUUCUUAACCUACCCGAGGGUCAAGAGCAGAUGGUGUGGUUGAUAGAUUUCACUGGUUGGUCAUUGACUAACUCGGUGCCCAUCAGGACUACUCGAGAAACUGUAAAUAUAUUGCAAAAUCACUAUCCCGAGAGGCUCGCCUUAGCAUUCCUUUACAAUCCUCCAAGGAUAUUCGAAGCUUUUUGGAAGAUUGUCAAAUACUUUCUGGACUCCAAGACAUUUCAGAAGGUGAAAUUUGUUUACCCGAAGAAUGAAGAUAGUAUGGAGCUGAUGAGACAGAAUUUUUCCAUUGAGAUCCUUCCAGCUGAGUUAGGCGGGAAGGACAAAUCACAGUAUGAUCACGAGGAAUUCUCAAAAUUGAUGGCCAGUGAUGACAUAAAAACUGCCAGUUUGUGGGGCUUAGACAAUAAAUCAAGCUGCACUAGCAAUGGACAUUCAGCUGAGGUGGCUCCAGAGCCAGUGCUUGUCGCCCCAUGAUCUAGCUGAGCAAGAAACUUUCUUAUUAAAACUAAUAUUAUAAUGUUCCAUUACUGUUCUAUGGUAGCUAUAGAAAUUUGUUAUUUGUAUGCUACCAUAUACAACUUGGGAAGUAUUCAUUAGUUUUGGAACUUGAUGUGGGUGUAUCUCAAUACAUUUUACUAAUUGAAGCUGGAACUGAGGUUCCAUUUUCCA